UGUCGAGCAUUUGAGUGUUCAGAGUUCACGCCGAGAUACACUUUGCAAAUUGGGUCAGAAUCAAGUUCCAUUAUCCAGAAGCUAGCUUUUAUGCUAACUCCUGUACUGAUCCGAUAUGCCCGUCCAACUAUCAUGACCUAUCUAUGGGGAAGGAGAAGGGCGAUUUGGAUGAUUCACCUUGCGAAUCUUCUCUUUAGACCGCCCAUUUCUCUGCACGGAUCGAGGACUCAGUGGUAUGUACAGUCCAUAUCUAGCUUCUUCAAGUUUCUUCAAUCUCAGCCGUGAGAACAUCCUCUUCUUUCGCUUGUGCUCUUUCAGCUCUUUGGGCAAUUCGUCUUCGGCGGAUGCCUCUAAAAUGAUCUUGCUCUCAUAAUUGAUGCUGGCCCUGCUCAGCCUCUUGGGAAAACCUUCAUCAUCAGGGUUGGGCCUCAUACUACUCUUCCUGACAGAGACCUCCCUGUUGCCAUCAUCGACACUGCCCCUGCUGAUCAUCGAGGGAGGAGGCUCUUCGGUUUUACUGGGCCUGCUUGGCCUCCUCAACGCCGCUGCUCCUCGAAUGGUCGGCAUGUCUCGUCCUUGACGAAGGCAAACUUCUCGACACAAUGACUGCCUUGCUUGCAGACGAUUAAGACCUUUUCGGAUGAAGGACAGGAGGAUCCGGAUGGGCUUCCUACAUGAACGUCCUGUUUACCACCGCAUCGUGCAGCCAGAGGAUGCUCGCUCGAGGAAGUUCCGCAAGAGUCACUGACAUGAUUGCGGACUUCGUGGAGCGUCUGAUGUGCCAGUGGCGAACAAUUGAAGAAAUUUCGAACGAGACUGGGCUAAAUCUUGCGACAGCGUUUGUUCAGUUCUGCAGCUUCCAGAGGAUUUUCUUCGACAAAACCUCGUGUAGGGUUAGGGUUGUGUGACGUAGCGUUUCACAAUCUUAGGACGUCCAGGAGUAACCAACUCGAGGAAAACAGGAACCGGGAGAUGAUGGUGUAGCUAAGCGGAAGGAGGGUUCUGGUCUACUCCAGUUGAACUUGAGUCUUGAACUCUUCGUGCACCGACAGCGUUCUCAGGUUGUAAGAUUGUCGAUUUUUCUGCUCCCCCAUCUGCAUCUCGACAGUUCCGAUGAAGACAUACAAUCAUCGAGAAUCGCUCGCAGUGUCCCCAUCACCACUCCUCAGUUCCGAAGCUUAAACAGGCCAGUGAGAGAUUCUAUCACCAUCAGCAUUCUGUGCUUCUUGGUUAUUGACUAACAUCCGUAUUGGGCACCCCCUGACCCAGACCCUCGCCUCGAUCGGACGAAUUCCGUCUUGCUUGACGGGAGAAAACCGAUUGCUUCGAGAAAGAAUCGCGCUCAGCAAUUCACAGGAUGAUCACCCUGCUGUCAGAGACUUCCUCGGACGGCGGAAUUGCGCAUGAAAUAGACUGAUUUCUUCGGGUGUUCCCGGGUUCGAUUUGAAGCGUUGUCAGCGAUGGAUAGUGUGAAGAUGUUGGUAGGGCAGGUGGCCGGUUCCGCCUCUGCGUCCACCGAAGAGCCUGGAUUCAUGGAAGAAGUUCAAGGCCGUUUGUCCAUGUCUCGAACUCAUAGGAUGUACGGCUUCGGUGCGUGCAUGGCUCUCGGCGUUAUAUUCCUCUUCAUAUCGACGACGUUGAUCAUCAUGCCGGAGAAAUUCGCCUUCACAUUCACAACAGCCAAUAUCCUGCUGAUGGGAAGCACGAUGUUCUUGAUAGGCCCAAUCAGACAGCUGAAGAUGAUGUUCGAUCCCGUCCGAAUGUGUGCGACGGUCUGUUACCUUCUCAGCUUGGUCAUGGCCUUAUUCUGUGCCCUCAAGCUCCACAGCUUCUUCCUGACAGUCAUCGCCAUUAUUCUUGAAGCCAUCGCCAUUGCUUGGUACGCGUUGAGCUACAUCCCAUUCGCGAGGUCGAUGGCUAAAACUAUGCUCCACUCUUGUUUCCCGAGAAUAUUUUAAGCUGCGAACGCAUUCAAAGCUUCGAACUCGAAGUGGAGAUGGAUCCUGGAGGGAUUGGCAGCCACUGAACAGAACCAUGUCGUCCAUCGAUAGUUCAGACCUGCCCGCUGCUUCCACCCAUCUCUUCCUUUCAAACGAAAAGGCUCCUCAUCAUCUACCACGUAUUGCUAAUCAGUUGUGUAAUUUACAUUUGUGACGACUGAGAUGUCAAGAGUACUGACGGAUUUCAGGUAGCUGGUCCAACUGAAUCGGUGUGCUGGAGGAGCUUCUUCUGAAUCACAGAAUACAUAUCACAGACACAUUGCCUCUCCAUCGCCCAUUACUCGUUGACACCAGUCAUGACAUAAUAGUAUUCCUCACAGCGACCUUUGUGAGCUGAGCUGAGGAAGAGCUGAUUGGAAUGAAUUUCACGUUUUCAGAGCAGCCACGUUUUUGCAUUGACUCGCGUCUUUUUACAGUGCCGGCAUCUCGAGAGUAUAUGCAUGCAAAUGAUUGUUUCCUUAAGAUACUACUUUACG